GAGACAGAGAAACAAAAGAGCUAUAAUUUUUCCUCAGUCGUCAGUAAGUUGGAACUUAAGUGAACCGUAAGAAACAUAAUUUUUCUUAAACAAUGGAAGAUCAGGAAAACGUAGAGAAGUUAGGACGUGGGCUUCGUUCUAAGACUUUGAAAAGAUUCAGCUUUCCACCACGAGACGACGUAUCACGAGGUGCUGCAAAACAACAGAAGUUGGAUGAAGUUAAGAAAGAUGCAAUAAAAACAAAGAAACUUCCUCGAAUUCAAAAAGAAGAGGUAAUGAAAGAGUCUGAUCGUAAGAUUUUAGAAAUUAUCAAAAGAAAAAAAGCAUUACAAUUUAAAAAGCCACAAGAAAUGUCAAGUUUAUACGAAGAUGAUGAAAAUCCUCGACCAAGUUUUAAUAUGUCACCAAAAAACUUGGAUGAUGCUGGUUCAUCACUUGACAAUGAAUCUUGGAAAUCACCACAAUCGUACAUUGGGGAAGAAACAUACCAUGUAAAGAAAAACAACUUUCUUGAAAGUUCUUCACGAAAUUCAAAGUUUUGCAUGAAAAGUAAAAUAUUGAAGCAACAUUCUAAUUCGAGUAAACGUGAUGUUGAAACCGAAAAUGCUGUAGAAAUACUGACAGCUGAAAAAGCUAGUUUAGUUACAAAAAAUGAAGAGUUAGAAAAAGAAAUAAAAUUGCUUCAAGAAAUGACACAAAAUCUUCAAGAUGCAGAGAAAAAAAUGCAAAAUGAUCUGUCAGUAAUGAGAAUCCAGUAUGAAGAGAUGAAAAAUGAGUCACAGUUACAUGUAAAUUUGAAUUCAGAGAUUCAAGAAAUAAUUAAUAGUUUACACGAUGAAAUGCGAGAAGAUCUAAAAGUGUUUGGGGAACAACUUGUGCAGAAUAUCGUCGAUGCUUUGAACGAGACUGGUCGUCCUGCAGUUCAAGAAAUCGUCAAUGACUUGGAAAUCAUUGAUGGCAAAGUCCGGAUAACUGAAAAUGUAUCGAUGAACGUGGAAACAUACAUGAAAGCAUGCCAAGCGUUUGACAUGCGUAAAAGAGCCAAUAUUGCGAUGAGAGGUCUUUGGAAAUCAGAUGAUCUUGCGAAAUUCGUAAAAAAGAAAAGCAGUAAAAACCAAAAAAUCAUCACUGAGGAUGACAUUUUAUUACUACAAGUUGCUAUUAUGAAGAUGCAAGCUCACAAAUCAUUACUUACCAAAGAUGCUAUGGACAUAUCGAACCUUAGUAACUGGAUUGCGUAUCAAGCAAAAAUGAUCCGUACUCGUGAAAAGGCUAAACUUGAUGAUGCUAGUACUGAUGAAAGUGCUGAAAGUGAUGAACAAAGUGAAGAUGACAGUAGAGACAAGCAAAUUAAGAAAAUAGCUUUUGUUUCUACGGAUAAGGUUUCACACGAUGAUGAGGAUGGAUCAAGUUCAGUUGAUGAAAACGAAGGAGAAGACGACCCCUUAACUGAUGAAAGUCAAGAAUAA